CAUUUCUCACUGGUGGUCGCUACGUAUGAAUAAUGACCUCUGUGUAUAUUUGUUUUGCAAUCGAAAGACAGGGACGUAGUCCUUCGAAGAUUAAAAUCGCCAAAGUUCCGAUCAAUUUGUUCCGAUGAUUAGUUUCUUUAUUGUUAGACGACGUGACCGGUCGCGCGCGAAUGCACACAUAUCGUUAACUACACACUCUCUUUGGACAUCUUACUUAUGGAUUUUUUGUUGGACUUCGUCUUACUUAUGAAUAAUGUGGGUAUGGAUGUUCUUCAUGGAGGAUUUAUAUACUAUGCAAACAAUAUAGAGGAUAGGUCUGAUGAAUCCGAAGAUGAAGUUGCGAACACCUCAAAUCAGAGAUUUGUUCAAGAUACAACCAGGCUAGUGGAAAAUGAUAUAAAUUAUAUCACCAGACAGGCAUCUGGGAUAGCAUAUAGUUCUGACCAACAGAACGUGUCCAUCAUACCUGUGAUACAAAGAAGAUCCCUUAAGCCUGAUAGUUUUACGACAAAUGAAAAAUGUAGAUUAAGAAAUAGUCUUUUACCGAAUAAACCAUGUAUAGUAAAGAAUUAUAAUUCUAAGGUGUUCUGUGGUUUAUAUUCCAAGGAUGGGAAGUUUUUUAUCACCGCUACUCAAGAUAAACGAUUGCAGAUGUAUCAUACAUGUGGCGAUAGAAUUGACCUAUACAAGGAAAUCCAAGCAUGCGACGUGGGUUGGAGUAUUUUAGACAUAGCGUUUUCUCCAGAUGGUAGACACAUCGCAUACUCGAGCUGGUCGGAAAGUCUUUAUCAAGUUUCUCUCCAUGGAUGCAGAAAUUGGGCCUUGGAAAAGCUACAGUUAAGCCCGAUAGAUCGGCGAUUUUGUGUGUUCUCAAUAGUAUUUUCAUACGAUGGCAGAGAAAUUUUCGGUGGCGCCAAUAACGGAUAUAUUUAUAUAUAUGACCGCGAGUGUAAUCGGCAAAUUUUACGGUUUUCUGGUCAUAGUAAAGAUGUAAAUACUGUAGCUAUUGCUGACAACAUUUCACAAAUCUUCUACAGUGGCAGUGACGAUGGAUUAUGUAAGGUAUGGGAUAGGAGAUUGAUAAGCGAAACAAAUUCGCGUCCCGUUGGAGUAUUGGUUGGCCAUAAUAAUGGAAUCACGCACAUCGAUUCACGUGGUGAUGGACGAUAUUUGAUAUCCAAUUCAAAAGAUCAAAGUAUUAAGUUAUGGGACAUACGCAAAUGCUCCAGUCACAGAGCUGAAGAAAUUGCUAGACAGUUUGUCAAUCGUCAGCAUUGGGACUACCGAUGGCAGCGUAUGCCUGAAAUAAUGCGAGAACCACAAGUUUUAGACGGUGACACUAGUGUCAUGACAUAUUACGGUCAUUGCGUCCGUAAAACACUAAUACGUUGUCGUUUUUCACCAAAUAUUACAACUGGUCAAAAAUACAUUUCCACAGGAGACUCGAGAGGUCGACUUAUUAUAUACGAUCUUCUAACAGGCAAAAUAGUGCUCAAUAUAAGAGGUCAUAGGGGAUGCGUCCGUGAUGUUAGCUGGCAUCCUUAUAAUCACAACAUCUAUACCUCAUCUUGGGAUGGUAAAAUAGUUAAAUGGAGUGAUAGGGAUGAAACGAAUAUCAAUAUGAAUAAUCAAGAGGAUGAAGAAGUAAUGGUUAAUAAUGUCCCACAGUUACGGCGAAGUGAAAGAAUAGCUGAACAAAGAAGAGCAUGCUAAUUCUAAUAUAAUUGAUCAACAUUUGUAAGACUUUCUGUUAUACAUAUAUUUAA